AUACAUUGUUAUACAGUGGAUGGUAGUUGAAGGUUUAAUUCAUUGCUGAUGGUCAUUCUUAACACACAUUGAUGGUGAAAGGAUAUCAGUGUCGGAUAAUUUAUUGAUAUAAAAAUAUGCUAUUGGAUAUUUUGGAUGAAAUUGAAAGUGUAUAAAAUCGCAGGAAUACCAUGAACUAUAUUUGACAUUAAGUCUCAGUCAAAAUGAGCAUAAAACAAGAAAAGAUGCAUGUCAACAACGAAUGCGAGUUGUCAGACUUUGAGAAGAAGAUUGCUGACCGGGCGGAAUUUUCCUCGUGCUACAGGCCGCGUCCUGUAACAACCGAGAAGUCAGAUGGCAACAUGCAUUUUAAUAUCAUGAAACAUCCAAAGGAGGCUUUGGAAGUUAUGAAUUCGUUAAGACGAUCAGAAAAAUUGUGUGAUGUAACGUUAUUAGUUGGUGACGAGAAAUUUUUGUGUCACAAAAUCGUGCUAGCAUCAGCCAGUUCUUACUUUCGUGCAAUGUUCACGGGGGGAAUGCGCGAAGAGGAAAUGAGUGUUAUUCCGUUACACGGAAUUCAUCCAUGUACCCUCCAUAUGUUGAUAGAGUUUACCUACACUGCAGAAAUUAGUGUUAGUGAACAGAACGUCUGUUACUUAUUACCAGCGGCAACUAUGUUUCAAAUGAACCAUGUUGUGGAGGCCUGUAGUGUAUUUUUAGAACAACAGUUGGACGCUAGCAACUGCAUUGGAAUAACAGACUUUGCCAGUGAACAUGGGUGCUUGGAUUUAGAAUCGAAGGCUCGAGAGUAUAUUUAUAAACAUUUUUCUGAAGUGAUAAAAUGUGACGAAUUUUUGCAACUUUCCCCGUGUCAAUUAGUAAAUUUGAUUAAACAGGACGAACUUAAUAUUAAAUGUGAAUCUGAGAUUUUCAAUGCUGUGAUUCGGUGGGUAAACCACGACUCUGAAAAGAGACUAUGUAAACUGCAAGGGAUGCUCUCCGCAGUACGAUGCCAUUUCUUAUCACCCCAUUUCCUCGAAAAACAACUUAAACACUGCACAGUGCUGAAAAAGACACCACAGUGCUUAGAAUACCUGUCAAAAAUAUUCCAGGGCUUAAAGCUGCACCAAACUUGCACAGAAAAACCUCGAAAACCAUGUUCCCCGUUAGUUAUUUAUUCUGCUGGUGGAUAUCUCAGACAGUCUUUAAGUACAUUUGAAUGCUUUAAUCCGCAAACAAACCAGUGGCAAAAACUAUCAGACUUACCGACUCCGCGCAGCGGACUUUGCGGUUGUGUAGUCAAAGGUUCAUUUUAUGCCGUCGGUGGCCGUAACAACUCCUCAGAUGGAAAUUUGGACUCAAACUCGUUAGAUAUGUAUGAUCAGUUUAGACAUUGUUGGGUGUCUCGUUGCCCGAUGGUGGUACCGAGAAAUCGUGUCGGGGUUUGUGCAAUGGACAAUAUGAUAUAUGCCGUCGGCGGUUCUCAAGGACAGAUACAACAUAAUUCUGCAGAAAGAUAUGACCCAGACCUAGAUCGGUGGCAGUUGAUCGCGCCCAUGAACUCCAAGCGUAUAGGAGUCGGACUGGCGUGCAUAAAUCGGCUUCUAUUUGCAGUUGGCGGUUUUGACGGCAAGGAGCGCCUGAGGAGUGUAGAACGUUAUGACCCAGAAAAGGAUGAGUGGACCGUUGUUGCUCCAAUGAACAACACUCGUAGUGGAGCAGGGGUUGCCGCCCUAGAGGGUCACAUCUAUGCUGUGGGUGGCUACGAUAGCUCUAGCCAGUUGCAGACCGUGGAACGCUACAACCUACAAGCAGAUGUUUGGGAAUUUGUCGCCCCAAUGAAAUCCCCGCGAAGUGCUCUUAGUGUUGCAGUUAUUGGAGGAAAGUUGUAUGCUUUAGGUGGCUAUGAUGGUGGGGAUUUCUUGUCGACGGUAGAAUGUUACGAUCCCGACAAAGACGAGUGGACGGACGUCAGCUACAUGACAUGUGGUCGCAGCGGGCACGGUGUCGCUGUCGGGGCAGAACCUCUCGGCAGCUGACAUUGUGCUUCAUGAGUUGAAGAGACAACAAGAUCGUUAAAUCCCAGCUCUUGGACAAAUGGACGAAUGUUCUCAAGACCAAGAGCAACCUAUUUCUGAGAUUGUCCAAUGUUUUCUUACGACCAUGAGUGGAAAAUCUUAGUCAACAGUUCUCGGAACUUGGUGCUUACAACCCUAAAUUGAUCUGACAUUUGCAAGGAAUAACAGCGAAAUAUCAAAAGUCAUCUGAUAUGCAAUGGAACAGUUUUAGCACCAUGUUUGCUUUGCGAACGGUAUUGUGUUGAUAAGUUUGCGACAUUGUCACGAAGUCUAAGGUUAUGUUGAAAACAUAUCGUGAAUUGUGUGAAUCACGAGACGAUCAAUUUUAUUGACUUGUGAAUAUUAUAUUUAUAUAUAUAUUCUGUCUGAACAUUCUUAUCGACCUGAUGACAUGUAAACAAGAAGAUCGAUUUAGUAGACUCUUUGAUAUGAAUUGUCCCAACAUGAUAAUCGAUCGAUUUCAUGUAAAUGUGAAGUCCCUUUGUUUUGAAAGGAACGUGCCAGUAUUUUGCUAAGAUAAGUUGUGAAGCAUCAUUGUGAAAAACAUCUGUGUUUUAAUAUUCAUAUGAAUCAUUUAUUUGUGAUGGCCAGUGAAGUACGACCCCAAGAACUGCAUUCAUUGUUUCACCAGUGAUACAGAGUUAAUAAAUGUUGUCUUCACAUUUUUCGUUUUAACAUUUGAAGUAUGACGGAUGCAGUUCAGAAUAAGUUUGUUUGAAGCUAUUGUCUUUUGAAAGUAUUACAUGGUUUAUCCAUUUCAUAAAACCAUAAGUUGAAAUUAAGUUAAAGAUUAAAAAGCCUGCCAUUUCAAAUUGUGGAAAAUCACUUAAAGAAAAUAAAAAUCAGGGACAAAUCAACACACUGAAUUGUAAAAUUUUGUAUAACUUCAAUUACUUAUUUUUAAUAUUUUUUAAAAAGAUUUACUAUCAAAAUUUUACGUUUUGAGUAUAUGAAGAAUAUAGUUAUUAACAUUUCACUGUCCUUAUUAGAAACAGAAAAAUUUAAUACAAUUGAAAACAUUUUUUUAUUUUUUUUUGUAUGUUUUUUAAAAACAAGUUGUUUUUUUAUAAUACAUUUUUAGAAAAAGGACCCUUGAUUAAGGGUUGUGAAUUUUAUUUAUCUCAUAUUUUUUUAUGGCAUCAUUGAAAUUUGUAUUUGAAAUAAUUGUUUAACUUUUAAAUUAAAGAAAAAAUAUCAUUAAUCUUGAUUUAGUGGGGGGUUUUUGGCAUUAUAAAAAAAAAGCUUAAUAUGUACUGGAAAAAUAUCCUUGGAUCUGUCAGUGGGUUGAAAGCUCUGUAGAGCUUUUGGUGUAAUUUUCAUUACUUGGCUUGAAAUAAAUCUUAUCUUAAAACUUGCAACAUAUAUCCAUACCUGGAUGUUGUCUUACUGAGCCAUCAGAAAAGAUGAAUUUCUGUUUUAAUUAUUAUUAUAUGUGAUUGUUGUUGUUGUUACCAAAUGAGAUAUUUUGCAUAAUGUAACAUUUGCAAAUAUUCACCCAUUGUUCUAUUAUUUUGUUAUAAAAUAUUACAUUGUUGUUAAUACAAUAAGCUUUUUAAAAUAUGAUCAUUGUAUCAUAAAAUAAAAGAAUUUC